AUGGUGUUUUCCCAGGUGUACAUAGUGGUGGGGAUCGCUGGUGUGGCAUUAAUUGGAUGUGUUCUGAUGGUGAUCAUUCUGAAAUACGGAAGAAACUCAAAGUUUGGGAUGAAGGGUAAAGCUUUUCUCUUUAAUCUUAGUUUAGUCAUUUUUCAAACCAGUAUUGAGACUUGCAGGCCUCCCAUUUGGAUAACAAUGAAAAUCUUGUUUUAGGUGCACAUUUCUACAGUUUUAAUUCCAUUUAGCCCCACCACAUUCCAGCUUAUGUUUUGCCACAUGAUAACAUACAAAAGUCAAACAUGAAAAAGACCCCUCUUCCACUCCUCUCAUAAUUGUAUUUCCUCCCACUGGGGUCCUCCACUUCCUCCUCAGGCUCCUCCUCGGUCAUCAGUAACGACGAUGACUCCGCCAGUCCUCUUCAUCAUGUCUCCAACGGCAACAACACCCCUUCGUCCUCAGAGAUGGGCCACGAUGCAGUGAUCAUUGGAAUGACAAAGAUCCCUGUCAUCGAGAACCCACAGUAUUUCCGCCAAUCUGGCAGUAUGCUGAAAUCGGACACGUGUGAGUUACCGUGGCGCGGAGGUCUGCUGGUGGUGUAACCCAGUCUUUUUCUGAUAAAUCCAUGACAGGGCCACUGCGACUUGAUGGACUUCGCUGUCCAUUUCCUGUCUGAUGUUACCAUGGCGAUGACUUUGGUUGACCUCUUGCCGUGUGACCUGCAGUUAAUGCUGUAAUAUCAGACCGUAUGGCACAGAGGAUGUCACUAGACAGACAAACACAUCUGACUAUCACACUUGUAGCCCUGUGAGAAAUGUAGUUCUGUAAUGGCUACAAUGUCCAUACUGGUCUGACAAGCGACCAGUCUGUGGACAUCCUCUACAGUGCCUUGCAAAAGUAUUCAUCCCCUUCGGCGUUUUUCCUAUUUUGUUGCAUUACAACCUGUAAUUUAAAUCGAUUUUUAUUUGGAUUUCAUGUAAUGGACAUACACAAAAUAGUCUAAAUUGAUGAAGUGUUUCAAAGAAUUCUAAAAACGAAGUAACGAAAAAGUGGUGCGUGCAUAUGUAUUCACCCCCUUUGCUAUGAAGCCCCUAAAUAAGAUCUGGUGCAACCAAUUACCUUCAGAAGUCACAUAAUUAGUUAAAUAAGGUCCACCUGUGUGCAAUCUAAGUGUCACAUGAUCUGUCACAUGAUCUCAGUAUAUAUACACCUGCUCUGAAAGGCCCCAGAGUCUGCAACACCACUAAGCAAGGGGCACCACCAAGCAAGCGGCACCAUGAAGACCAAGGAGCUCUCCAAACAGGUCAGGGACAAAGUUUUUCAUCGGCAGGGACUGGGAAACUGGUCAGAAUUGAAGGAAUGAUGGAUGGCGCUAAACACAGGGAAAUUCUUGAGGGAAACCUGUUUCAGUCUUCCAGAGAUUUGAGACUGGGACGGAGGUUCACCUUCCAGCAGGACAAUGACCCUAAGCAUACUGCUAAAGCAACACUUGAGUGGUUUAAGGGGAAACAUUUAAAUGUUAUGGAAUGGCCUAGUCAAAGCCCAGACCUCAAUCCAAUUGAGAAUCUGUGGUAUGACUUAAAGAUUGCUGUACACCAGCAGAACCCAUCCAACUUGAAGGAGCUGUAGCAGUUUUGCCUUGAAGAAUGGGCAAAAAUCCCAGUGGCUAGAUGUGCCAAGCUUAUAGAGACAUACCCCAAGAGACUUGCAGCUGUAAUUUCUGCAAAAGGUGGCUCUACAAAGUAUUGACUUUGGGGGGCUGAAUAGUUAUGCACCCUCAUGUUUGUUUCACAAUAAAAAAGAUUUUGCAUCUUCAAAGUGGUAAAUCAAAUUAUAGAAACCCCCAAAAAAUCCAUUUUAAUUCCAGGUUGUAAGGCAACAAAAUAGGAAAAAUGCCAAGGGGGGUGAAUACUUUCGCAAGCCACUGUAUACAGCAGUAGACUAGGGCUGUUAACUUCGGUGUAUGUAAUGAGUAGGGCCAGGAGUUUUCCCUAACCACCCGACCUGACUAAUUCUAACUAGGGCCCAGAGUUUUUCCUGGUCAGUUCAAAUGAUGAUCAGGAAAAACUUAGGCCUCUAGACUAGGGCCUUGUGAUAGCCUUACUGUAUCUGUCUCUUUUCAUCCCAGUUGUCCAGCACAUCAAGAGACACAAUAUUGUGCUGAAGCGUGAGCUGGGAGAGGGGGCCUUUGGGAAGGUGUUCCUGGCUGAGUGCUACAACCUGACCCCAGAUCAGGACAAGAUCCUGGUGGCUGUCAAGGUAAAGUAUGGCCCUCCAUGCAUGUCAUUUCAAACAAUCAACACACACUUUAGUCCUGGCUUUGAUAUAAAAAAAAAAGUAUAAAAUAUUUAGCUGUUUGUGCUUUUCCCAUAUCUGAGGUUUGUAUGUACAUUGUGUUUGAUUAUAGCACCGCCAACUAAUAUAUUUUAGGAUUUAAUCGAAUUUUGUAGGAAGGAGACUUUGAAACAAUCAACAAUCCCAUCAAUCAAUUACUAAAUUAUGAUAAGUGUGUGUGUGUGUGUGUGUGUGUGUGUGUGUGUGUGUGUGUGUGUGUCCUCCUCAGACGUUGAAAGAGGCCAGCGAGAGCGGGCGUGCCGACUUCCACCGGGAGGCGGAGCUACUGACCAACCUGCAGCACGAGCACAUCGUCACCUUCUACGGCGUGUGUGUGGAGAGUGACCCGCUCAUCAUGGUGUUCGAGUACAUGAAGCACGGCGACCUCAACAAGUUCCUCAGGUACCGUCCUGUGUCCCAAUGUCUUUGUGCAUAUGUGUGUGUCAUUACGUUUGCCCAUUCACGUGUACUGUAUUAAAGCAAUAACUGACGUAAAUGCUCAAUGUGUAUGUUUUAUGUCAGUUUUUAUCAUUUUACUUUAAGCCAGAGCGCCAAAGACACAUUUCCAUUCUGUGCAAACUGAAUGGAUAAUAAAGUUGUCUAGUCUAAUCAGGCAUGAGAGGUUAUGGGGGAUUUUGCCACAUAUGUAAGUGUGUUGGUGAUACUGUAUUUGAAUUGAAACUGGAGAUCUGCAAUGGAAGCGAAUGCGUUUGCACAUAUCUGAUUAAGUCCUCUUUGUAGUCAACUGUAGAUAACUAUAGUUAGCAUUGUGUUUGACCCACCUGUGUUGUGAUGUAGGUCCCAUGGUCCUGACGCGGUGCUGAUGGCUGAUGGGCAGCACAGCCUGAUGGUGGAGCUGACCCAGUCCCAGAUGCUGCACAUCGCCCAGCAGAUCGCUGCAGGCAUGGUCUACCUGGCCUCCCAGCACUUUGUCCACAGAGACCUGGCCACACGCAACUGCCUGGUGGGAGAGAACCUACUGGUCAAGAUUGGGGACUUUGGCAUGUCCAGGGAUGUGUACAGCACUGACUACUACAGAGUGAGUCCGUGAGCAUGCACACAGAAACACACACACACGCACACACAAGCGGAACAGAAAGACAGGAAUACACUCAUAUGUGUAAUUAGAAUUUUGUUCUGGUUUUGGUUUGUAACAGCAAUAAUAAUUUUAACCAGCAAUAUUUUAUCUAUUUUUAAUGCCAUUUAAAUGCAAAUUCUAUAAUCUGCAUAUAAUUGCUGUUUCCAUGGUAAUAGGGGGCAACAGUGCAAAAUGCACUGGCAGUUUUUUUCCCUGAGCAAGGAGUUCAUGCUUGACGUUGCAUUUAUGCUGUGAUGCAAAUUUAGCCUUGAAUUCUCUAUUUUAAGGCCUUUUCAGAGGCAAGCUACUGCUCUUAAAAUACCUAGAUUCAUGAACACGUUUCUCCUUCUAUCAAGUAUCUAACCCAGUUCUUAUAAAAUGAGUGAGGAAAACAUUGUCUACCAUAGCACAUAGCCUGGUAGCCCAACCUGUUUCUGCUUUACCCAACUCCUUUGUUGUUGUUAUGCUAAACUGGCAUGCUAUUGGCUACUUAAAGCACAAAACGAUUGGGCUACCAGGCUAACGGCUAUCUGCUACUGUCUAGCUUAUACUAGAACAGUAUAGACAACGCUACAGGCUUUAAUGCGAUUUUAUGCCUGCAUGGGCCCAACAUUUUUUUGGCCAUCUCAGAUUGUUCUGACAAUUCUCACAUAGAAACUUUAUUGGGAGGAAGGAUGUUUGAUAUUCUUUUUACAUUUGUAACACAAACCAUUUUUUUGAAAAUCAUAAUGAAAGUGGCCAUUUUAGGCCCUUUUUAUACCUAUACAUGCCCCCUGUAAGACUUAAUUAUCUGUUAACCGUACAUGAUACAGACAACACCUUAAUGUCAUUAAACUCCUAAUAGUGUGCUCUGAAAUAUGGAGUGUUUUAGAAGAAAAAAAUGUACACAUGAAUUUAUUCAACAUUAAAACUAUUAAUAGUAAUAUUUCAAAAGUACCCUUUUUGAUUUUGUUUGAGACUGGCUAGGCCACUCCAGGACCUUGAGAUGCUUCUUACGGAGCCACUUCUUAGUUGCCCUGGCUGUGUGUUUCGGGUCGUUGUCAUGCUGGAAGAACCAGCCACGACCCAUCUUCAAUGCUCUUACUAAGGGAAGGAGGUUGUUGGCCAAAAUCUUGCGAUACAUGGCCCCAUCCAUCCUCCCCUCAAUACGGUGCAGUCGUCCUGCCCCCUUUGCAGAAAAGCAUCCCCAAAGAAUGAUGUUUCCACCUCCAUGCUUCACGGUUGGAAUGGUGUUCUUGGGGUUGUACUCAUCCUUCUUCUUCCUCCAAACACGGCGAGUGGAGUUUAGACCAAAAAGCUCUAUUUCGGUCUCAUCAGACCACAUGACCUUCUCCCAUUCCUCCUCUGGAUCAUCCAGAUGGUCAUUGGCAAACUUGAGACGGGCCUGGACAUGCGCUGGCUUGAGCAGGGGGACCUUGCGUGCGCCGCAGGAUUUUAAUCCAUGACGGCGUAGUGUGUUACUAAUGGUUUUCUUUGAGACUGUGGUCUCAGCUCUCUUCAGGUCAUUGACCAGGUCCUGCCGUGUAGUUCUGGGCUGAUCCCUCACCUUCCUCAUGAUCAUUGAUGCCCCACCAGGUGAGAUCUUGCAUGGAGCCCCAGACCGAGGGUGAUUGACCGUCAUCUUGAACUUCUUCCAUUUUCUAAUAAUUGCGCCAACAGUUGUUGCCUUCUCACCAGCUGCUUGCCUAUUGUCCUGUAGCCCAUCCCAGCCUUGUGCAGGCCUACAAUUUUAUCCCUGAUGUCCUUACACAGCUCUCUGGUCUUGGCCAUUGUGGAGAGGUUGGAGUCUGUUUGAUUGAGUGUGUGGACAGGUGUCUUUUAUACAGGUAACGAGUUCAAACAGGUGCAGUUAAUACAGGUAAUGAGUGGAGAACAGGAGGGCUUCUAAAAGAAAAACUAACAGGUCUGUGAGAGCCGGAAUUCUUACUGGUUGGUAGGUGAUCAAAUACUUAUGUCAUGCAAUAAAAUGCAAAUUAAUUACUUAAAAAUCAUACAAUGUGAUUUUCUGGAUUUUUGUUUUAGAUUCCGUCUCGUACAGUUGAAGUGUACAUAUGAUAAAAAUGCUCUACAUGCUUUGUAAGUAGGAAAUCCUGCAAAAUCGGCAGUGUAUCAAAUACUUGUUCUCCCCACUGUAUAGGUCUAAAAAGGGCCUAAAAUGGCCACUUUCAUCAUUUUAUAUAUUUAAGCAUGUUAAACAUCCUUCCUCCCAAUGAAGUUUUUAUGUAAGAAUUGCCAGAACAAUCUGUGAUACCAAACAUAUUUUCGGGCCAUGCUGGCAUUGAAUCACCCUUUAUUCAUUACAGAUGGUUAUCUUAAACACUGAACAUGUCAAUUGGCACAUGUAUUUUUCUGUUGCUCAUUAGAAAAACAAGAUUUCAGUCUUGGGGGUGUUUCCUAACCGAUUCCGCGUUUGGUUAAUGAUGUUUGUCCCCCAUGAGACACUGUAAACGUGUAAAUCUAUUUAAUUUCCUCAUAAUCCCCAGAAUUAAUCUAAGAUAACUCAAGAAAUCUGUAAUACAUUUUGACGUUUUUGCCAAGGAUGUUUUAGUUGUGCAAUUUUACGUCGAACUAACGUGUUUGGUGCAGUAUUUCUCAAGUAAUGCACGGUUGUUCCAAACUCCAUUUUAGGCGAGACUGACUUUAUGACCAAAAUUAUCCAAAUUACACUUUGUAGUCAAUUUUGACACUAGAAUAACUGUUCCUGACUCAUAUCGAUGCCACAUAGGCCGUUUUUAAAGGGAUUUGUUGUUUUUUAAAGGCAGUUGCUCUUCAAGCCAUUAUCAGAUUUGGCUCUUAGAUCCAGACAUGUUAUGUCUCCCAGUCAGCCCCAGGCCUGGAGUCUACGUAGACUACAGUGCCCUCUGCUGCUUCCUGGCCCUCCCAGGGGAGAAUCAAUACAAUACAGAUGAAUGUAAUUUAGACCCAUCAUCCCCCAAUCAGAGGGCAGCAUAUGAAUAUACCCACUCACUAAUCCACAUUAUCCGCCAUUGGGAUCAGAUAGGAAGACCAACGACGCAGCUGAACAGCAAUUGGGUCAACACAUAAACAAAUGUGUCAGUUAUUGUAAACUGACAAUCAUGUCAAUCAGUGGCGAUUUAACAUGUCAAUCUUGGUGGGGCAAACAACAUUUUUUUUAGAUGAAUGCCAGCGAAGCCACUACACAACUCUAAACAAUACAUUAAAUACACUAUAACGGCGACAAACGCUGCCCACAAACUUUUAGGGUCUACAUAAAGCUAUCCCGAGAGUGGAGCUUAUGGCUGACUUGCUUAAAUAAUAUGUUUUUUACUGACUCCUUGUGGAUUUGUGUAAAUGGAUAAGAACCACAUUCUCCUUCAAUAAUAAUGUCGACAUGAGUUUUGACUUUUGAACCAUACACAAACAUUAUUACAUUUAUGUUCAGUAAAUUCACAAUGUUUGUUCUUAUAUAAGUAAGUGGAAGCAAACUGCGAUGAGGUAGGCCAGAAAUUCCGAAAUGGACAGCGACAGAAAUUCAGAUAGAUAUUAGUUCAGAUAAAUUCAGCAAGAUGUUGAGGCCUUCACUUUACUCUUCUUUAAGUCACCACAGAGAGAGAAAGAGAGACCCAGACUCAGCGGUUAGCCUAACAUUUGAAGUAUUAGCUGAGUCUAGCUGAGCCACAACGUUUAAUUUCCCCAGUAAUCCCAGUUUAACUGUGUUGUCUAUAUGUGAUGCACAAUUCUCAUGUUUUGAGACCCUUUCAGACAGAUGUUUUAAAACCUUAAACCCAGACUUGGACCACACACCCUCUCCACUGAAUAGCAGGCAGGGGAAGCGAAAUAGUGAUUGCUUUGCAACGCUAGCACUGCUUCCUUCCAAACCACUCAUUGUUGAAUUUUCCAUUUCUGACUUGUUGUGUAAUGUUUAUGUCCAAUGUCCAUGAGCACAGAGAGGUUGUAUCUCUAAUUUAUCUUCAUAUGACAAGGAUUGAAAAGAUUUGCCAGUAGAUUGUUGACUUGAUUCAUGAUGAUGACUGCUAGCUUGCUAGCUAAGAUUUUGAAAGUAUGAUGACAUGAUCAAUCCAAUCAAAGCUACUGUAUUUUAUCUGUGGCCAAUGACCUUGAGCCUUCUUGGAUGGGCACUUCUAAUGUAACUCUAUGGCAGCAUCCAAGGGGCUUGAAUUUUUGGAGCUCUCCCCGUAGAUUUUGCGGUGACGUAGUGUCCCCAUGAGUGACAGAACACUGUGCCAAUCACGGCGCAACUAGAGAACAUUACCAACCACUAGGCUCUGUAUGUCCGCUAGCUGCCCCACCACCACAGAAAGCACUGAUCUAGGCUGAAACACCUGCAUUUUGGAGCUGCCUUACUCAAGAAAGCAAAAAAGAGACCAUGUUUGUAUGCGGCUUUAUUAACUCUAUUAUUAUUUUUUUUACAUUGUUUGCAAACUGAUAUGUGACGUGUAUUAAUGCCAAAACAGGCACCCAAAAAAUAUAUAUACCUUUUUUUUUUUUCUUUCUUUUAUUUAGCUAAACAGGUGGGGCGUCGCAGCUAAGGCCAAACAGUGCCAAUACCAAUUCAGGCAAAAAAUGUAUUGUGCAAGUUGGGUUUUAAUACCUUUUUUAAAAUAUCUCAUCAUAACAUUGAUUUCCAUGGAAACUGUAGGCCCACACACAAUACAAAUUUGUGUACAUGAUCUUGUCAUGAAUAUUGUAUAUUCUACCUUUAACCAAAUGUUAAUAGGCCUUAAUAGUAUGUUGGUUACUGACCUGACUGACAACAACACCUCUCCAUCUAACCCUGUUUUUGGGCAGUUUCUUUAUUUCACUCCCGUUCAUUCCAGCCUUCAUCAUCUCUUCUUCAUUUGACCUUCUCUGUGGUUAUCCUGGAUGGUUCUUGAUGGAUCCUUCGUGUCUGUUUCCAGGUGGGUGGUCACACCAUGCUGCCCAUCCGCUGGAUGCCUCCAGAGAGCAUCAUGUACCGGAGGUUCACCACGGAGAGCGAUGUCUGGAGUCUCGGCGUGGUCCUCUGGGAGAUCUUCACCUAUGGGAAGCAGCCCUGGUACCAGCUCUCCAACAAUGAGGUCAGUAGUCUCUUAUGACAGACAGCAAAACUCUUGAGAUUUGGUUCUGGGUUCCAAGAUUACAAGGUCAGAGACACAAGCUCAAACCUUUCCUACAGUAGAUUGACUACACUGGUACCAUAGCACCUGAGCUCCAAUUAUGAGAUUUAUCGUCAAAACUUCAAAUACAUCAGUCUUCUGUAGUCUCCAUUUUUCUAAUCUUAGUUACAGUAUGUCACAUUUGUAUUGUCCAUAUACAUUGACUGUACGAAACAUUAGGAACACCUGCUCUUUACAUGACUUAGAGUGACCAGGUGAAUACAGGUGAAAGCUAUGAUCCCUUAUUGAUGUCACCUGUUAAAUCCACUUCAAUCAGUGUAGAUGAAGGGCAGGAGACAGGUUAAAGGAAGGUGUUCCUAAUGUUUUAUUCUCUCAGUGUAGAUUUUUAUGCGUUAUGAAUAUACAUUUCCUGCCAAUCUAUUAUAUAAAACCAGGGUUAAUAUGUCUAUGAGUCUAAAAAAACAUAUCACCUUGGUAAACCUCACUUUAUUUAUAUGCUGUUGUUAUAAUGUGAGCAAUGGCUUCCUUAAUUGCCCCUCAGGGAAUAAAUAAAGUUGAAUUGAACUGAAUUUCAAUUUAAUUUAAUUGAAUUGAAAAAGUGCUGACCAGUGGUGAUGACCCUUUAUGCAGGUGAUCGAGUGCAUCACCCAGGGGCGCGUGCUGCAGCGGCCGCGUUCCUGUCCAAAGGAGGUGUACGACCUGAUGCUGGGAUGCUGGCAGAGAGAACCCUACAUGAGACUGAACAUCAAGGAGAUCCACAGCCUGCUCCAGAGUCUGGCCAAGGCCUCGCCUGUCUACCUGGAUAUACUGGGCUGA